AUGAUCAGGUACACUGACAGAACGGCGAAUUUGCAAACGGGCUCUAGUGGUGUUAACGGGCAGCAAGAAUCCUUAACCUCUAUUCCUCCCACACAGACCUCCCAGGCGCUCCUCGCUGGAGGAAAGGCUCAAACGGCUCCAUCGCCUUGUAAAGCGGGAGUCUGCGGCGAGGAUGAUGAGGGGAGAUUCUGUGCGUGGGCAUCAUUAGUUCGUUAUCGGCGGCGUGGUGAGGAGGAGGAGGAGGAGGACAUCCACAUCCAGGCUAGAGUAAACGUGGCCGUGGACAGACAGCUUUAUUUCUCCACAAUCAUCUUUCCAGUUUCCCAUGAGACCCGCCUCCUGGACCAGGUGCUGGAGCUUAUUAUGAGCGAGAAGCCUGCCAACAGUGCAAGUCUUUUCCUGAACGAGGACGUGGACAAACCUCCCCUGGCAGAACGAAGAGGCUUGAGGAGGUGUUUCCGCCGGGCCAUGGAAAGGAGAGCCAGCAGCAUGAAGGAGAAGAUAGGCUCCAUCGGCAGGGAGAGCCUCAAAGGCUUCCUCAAGAGGAACCUGUUUGUGUUGUUCACUGUUGCCGCCGUUGCUCUGGGUAUUAUCUUGGGCUUUGCUCUACGACCCUACAACCUGUCCCUGAAGGAGAUCAAAUACUUUGCCUUUCCCGGGGAGCUCCUGAUGAGAAUGCUGAAGAUGCUGGUGCUGCCUCUCAUUGUCUCCAGUCUGGUCACAGGUGUGUCCUCCCUGGACAGCAAAGCGUCGGGUAAGAUGGGCGUGCGCGCUGUGGUGUACUACACGGUCACCACCCUGAUUGCAGUGUUUAUCGGCAUCGUGAUCGUCAUGAUCAUCCAGCCGGGGAAAGGCACCAGGGACAGCCCUGUGACCAAGACUGGGAACAUUGAACCGGUGCAGGCCACUGACGCUUUUCUGGAUCUUAUCAGGAACAUGUUCCCUCCAAAUUUGAUAGAGGCGUGCUUCAAGCAGUAUAAAACUGUGUACAAAAAAACAACUCAUACCAGGAACGUCACUGUGACUCUGAAUCUCACCAACGCCUCCAACAUGACGGAAUCUGACCUGAGCAUGAACUUCACCCGGGUGCUCCACACCAUCCAGGAGACGGUGGAGGAGACCGUUCCUGUGGCCGGUUCCUCCGGUGGGGUAAACGCUCUGGGUCUGGUGGUCUUCUCCUUGUGCUUCGGUUUGGUCAUCGGCAACAUGAAGCAGCAGGGUCAGGCUCUUCGAGACUUCUUCGACUGUUUGAAUGAAGCUAUCAUGAGGCUGGUGGCCAUCAUCAUCUGGUACGCUCCAGUGGGCAUCCUGUUCCUGAUAGCAGGGAAAAUAGUAGAGAUGAAGGAUCUGGUUGAAGUCGGUGGUCAGUUAGGGAUGUACACUGUGUCAGUCAUCGUUGGCCUCCUCAUCCACGGCCUCUUUGUCCUGCCUCUGCUCUACUUCGUGGUGACCAGAAGGAACCCGUACAGCUUCAUUGGGGGCCUUCUGCAAGCGCUCAUCACCGCUUUAGGAACAUCUUCAAGCUCUGCGACCCUUCCCAUCACGUUCCGUUGCCUUGAGGAAAACAACCGUGUGGAUAAACGAGUGACACGCUUCGUUCUUCCGGUGGGCGCCACCAUCAACAUGGACGGCACUGCCCUCUACGAGGCCGUGGCGGCCAUCUUUAUCGCUCAAGUCAAUGACAUGGACCUGAACUUCGGGCAAAUUCUCACCAUCAGUAUCACAGCAACUGCUGCCAGCAUCGGAGCAGCAGGCAUCCCACAGGCCGGCCUGGUUACCAUGGUGAUCGUAUUGACAUCGGUGGGACUGCCCACGGAGGACAUAACACUGAUCAUCGCCGUGGAUUGGUUCUUAGACCGUUUGCGCACCACCACCAACGUGCUGGGCGACUCGCUGGGGGCCGGCAUCGUGGAGCACCUGUCCCGCGCAGAGCUGCAGAGCCGAGACGCCCAGAUCCACAACUCCGUCAUCGAGGAGAACGAGAAGCCCUACCAGCUCAUCUGCCAGGAAAACGACACGGUCAACCACCCCAACAGCGAGACCACCAUGUGAAAAAACCAGGCCUUUAACUGUGAGGAGACGUUUGCCAUGUGUCCCCCUCAAGUACAGAAGACACUCUUGGAAACAACAAAAAGCCUUUCAGGAGGUGUGGUGAUGACAGGAAAUGUGUUAACUAACACGUGUUGUUAAACACAGUUUCAGUGAUUCACUUUAAACUUUUGUUAAACACUCAAUAUUCUAACUGAAUUUACACUUUUCAACGUCAGUUUCAAUAAUUCAAACAUCUCAUGAUCCAUGAAGCUGUAACAUCAUAAAACUUACCAGCAUCAGUACCACAAAAAAGUAUAAUUCCAAGUCAGUUAAACCAACAUACUCAUCAUUUUUAGGUAUGAAGUUCAGGUUCUUUUGCUGGAUUUACAUUUUUUUGUCCCUACUGGACACAUCGCAGACACUUUUCGUGGUCGUUUUCAUCCUGACUACCUCAGGAAACAGGAUUCGGUAACGGAGUUUCCACGAAGCAACACGAAAAACAACUAAGCAGGAUGUACAUAAAUCGCUGUCAAUAUUCUUUUGUUCCUGUUUUUAAUAUUGUGUAAUGCUUAGAAUGUAACUUAGAAUGUUCUUGACUGUUAAACGCUGGAAAAAUAAUGAAAAGGAAACUGCUUUCGAGGCUGAUGCUAUUUUCGUGACUUGAUAGAAUUCUACCACUCAGUGCUUUAUUACAAAUGUUUAUGUGAUUUCUUUUAUUUAUUUGGUGCUAGAAAUGAUUCAACCAUGGGCACAGAACUGUACCGCGACACACCAUUAUCGCAGAAAAAGCUGCAAUAAUGGUCAAAGUGUUGUUUUUCCUACUAGUAAAAAUGUUUGAUUUAUUUUAGUUUUUUUUACAAACCCUACAGUGACAGAUUCACAAGUCUGUAAUACUGAAAACACUCAGAAUGCAGCUAGCCAUUUUGUGUUUCAACAUUAGUGAAUAUAUAUAAAAACAUAUAUGUCCUUUAUUCAGAUAAAGUGGUAACUUGAUUUUUAUGUUUAAGGGAAAAAGAAAUUAGAAGUUAAAAUAAAAAUUUUAUCGUGUAUUUUUUUGUUGAAAAACAGUGGAAAUUGUUUUGGGGGCAAUUUGAAUUCCUCGUUGUUUUGUUGAGUACUUUGCAUAUUGAUAAUUGGAUAUAUAUAUAUAUUUGAUGGUUAAUUUAAAGCUUAUUUGACCUUGUGUCAUUUCCAUGUUUCUUAUGAAGUUUGUCUUAGUAUUAAUGCUUGCUGGUAUUUUUGUGUAAAUGGUAUUUUCUAUUGAAAAGCAGCUCAAUAUUUCAGUGGAUGGAUGAUACAAAAUGCGACAAUAAAUGUCUCAGGAAGUGA